AUGCUCAAAUGUUUAGACUUCUUUUUCCAGCUUUACAUGGAGGAGGUGAGGGAGAGCCUGGAGCCGGACGCCGUCGCGCGGGGGAACAUCCUGGAGAGCUUCACGGAGAGCCACGAGGUGCGGGAGCUCCUCGGCGGCCUCCGCGCCGCCCACGGGGACCCGUCCGCCCGCGAGGUGAUCGUGGAGAAGUUCGUCGUUAUAAUGGACAAGUACCAGGAGCAGCCUCACCUGUUGGAUCGACACUUAGAGUGGAUGAUGAAUUCAUUGUUGGAUAUAGUACGGGACACUGAAUCUCCUCCCCCGCUAAUCCACUUGGCUUUUAAAUUCCUUUACAUCAUUACAAAGGUGAGAGGGUACAAAUCUUUCCUCCCAAAGUUUCCUCAUGAAGUAGGUGAUCUACAGCCUGUUUUGGAUAUGCUUGCAGAACAGAAUCCAAAAGACUGUGAGACUUGGGAGACUCGCUACAUGCUUUUAUUAUGGCUCUCCAUGAUAUGCUUGAUUCCAUUUGAUCUGGCCCGUUUCGAUGGAAAUCUUUCCGAAGAAGGGGAUGCUCGAGUGCCAACAAUGGAUCGUAUCCUCAAAAUAGCAAAGUGUUACUUGGUUGUCAGUGAUAAGGCUCGUGAUGCAGCUGCUGUACUGGUUUCAAAAUUUAUUGUCCGUCCUGAUGUCCGGCAAAAACGGAUGGCAGAUUUUCUGGACUGGACCCUUUCAGUGUUAUCUAAAUCCUCCUUUCAGACCGUGCAGGGGACCGUCGUCAUAAACGGCAUGCUCCAGGCCCUGGCACAGUUAUUUAAACAUGGCAAAAGAGAAGAUUGUUUACCGUAUGCUCCUACUGUACUUGAGUGUCUCGAUAACUGCAGGCUGUCGGAGAGCAAUCAGAUGCUUCUUCGCAAACUAGGGAUGAAACUUGUUCAACGACUUGGACUGACCUUUGUGAAACCAAAAGUAGCCAAAUGGAGAUACCAGCGUGGUGCUCGGUCCCUGGCUGCCAAUCUGCAAGCUCAGAGUUCGGGUGUGCAGACUCGGAAGAUAACAACUGCUGCUGCUGUUGAAGCUGAUGAUGAAGAGGAAUAUGAUAUUCCAGGAGAGAUUGAAAAUGUUGUAGAGCAAUUGUUGGUUGGACUGAAAGACAAAGACACUAUUGUCAGGUGGUCUGCAGCAAAAGGAAUCGGUAGAAUAACUGGAAGACUUCCAAAAGAAUUAGCAGAUGAUGUGGUUGGAUCUCUGUUGGACUGCUUUAGCUUCCAGGAGACGGACAACGCGUGGCACGGCGGGUGCCUGGCGCUGGCGGAGCUUGGCCGGAGAGGAUUGCUGCUGCCUUCCCGCAUUGCUGACGAUUUAAUAUGUGGCAGCAGACUGGAAUUUGCUGAUGUGAAAUAUGAAUAA